AUGGAGAGCAGCGCCGUCCUCGGAGGUCUUCAGCCAAAUUUCCCCCUUUGCCCCUCCCGCAAUACUUCUUCCACUCCUCUCCUCCGCCUCUUCUCCACCUCCCAUUCCUCUCCUUCUCUCUCUGUUAAGCUCCAAAAGCAGCUUCCUUUGGCUUCUUGUCAAGCAGCCUCUCCCUCUCCCUUUCGUCGAUGUGCCACAUUGUCUAAUACUUUUGUCAAUGAAACAAGUGAAUUAGCUGACAUAGAAUGGGACAACCUCGGCUUUGCGUUUCUUCCUACUGAUUAUAUGUACGUCAUGAAAUGUGCUCAAGGUGAAAACUUUUCUAAAGGUGAAUUACAGCGUUUUGGGAACAUUGAAUUGAGCCCCUCAGCUGGAGUCUUGAACUAUGGGCAGGGAUUAUUUGAAGGUAUGAAAGCCUACAGGAAACAAGAUGGUAAUAUACUCUUGUUUCGUCCUGAGGAAAAUGCAUUGCGGAUGAGGUUGGGUGCAGAGCGAAUGUGUAUGCCAUCACCAUCUGUCGAACAGUUUGUGGAAGCUGUAAAGGCUACUGUUUUAGCAAAUAAACGUUGGGUUCCCCCUCCAGGUAAAGGUUCCCUAUAUAUCAGGCCAUUGCUAAUGGGAAGUGGUGCUGUUCUUGGUCUGGCACCUGCUCCUGAGUACACAUUUCUGAUUUAUGUUUCACCCGUUGGAAACUAUUUUAAGGAAGGUGUUGCACCGAUAAAUUUGAUUGUUGAGCAUGAAUUGCAUCGUGCUACUCCUGGUGGCACUGGAGGUGUUAAGACUAUAGGGAAUUAUGCUGCGGUUCUGAAGGCUCAGUCUGCUGCAAAAGCAAAAGGCUAUUCUGAUGUUCUAUACCUUGACUGUGUUCACAAAAGAUAUCUGGAGGAGGUUUCCUCAUGCAACAUUUUUGUUGUGAAGGAUAAUAUUAUCUCUACUCCUGAAAUCAAAGGAACAAUCUUACCUGGCAUUACUCGAAAGAGUAUAAUUGAUGUUGCUCGUAGCGAAGGAUUCCAGGUUGAGGAACGCCAAGUGGCAGUUGAUGAAUUACUAGAUGCUGAUGAAGUCUUUUGUACGGGAACAGCUGUGGUUGUUUCACCUGUUGGCAGCAUCACUUAUCACGGUAAAAGGGUGUCUUAUGGAGAGGGCGGGUUUGGAGCUGUGUCGGAAAGGCUCUACUCUGUGCUUACCAGACUGCAGAUGGGCCUCACACAGGACAAGUUGGAUUGGACUGUUGAGCUAAGGCAAAAAACAUAUUGA